UCCUGGGUUCGGGUCCGCUCCGUACUCCUUUUCUCGGGUUCCUAUUAAUUUUAUAAUUUUAUUAGCAUUUUCUUCUGAAUCUGCUGCUUUUUUGUACCGCUUGUCCAUAUCUGAUCGUAUUUGCAAUUUUGCACCUUGUUUUCCGUCUUCGUCCGAAAUCGAGCUUGUGUUUGUUAGUUUGUACAUGUGACCGUGCUUCACGGUUUGUGGUUCCUUCACUCCUUGUGGCAGUUUCCGCUCGUUUCCGUUUUUAUUGUUCGUAUUUGUGAGAGAAGUGAGACGAUCAUGAAGCAGGAAACCGCCGCGCCAUCCAGUCUUAAUGUCACUCGGCUGUGGAACCGCGUCCCCGUGUUGGUUUUCGGGAUCAUCCAGCUUGUUGUCGGAAUGGCGCUUAACCUGAACGACAUUAUCGGAUUUAUCUACUUCCGCAACUCACGCUAUCUGGAUAGAGAGUAUGCCGCCAAGCUGUACAGCACUGUCGGCUCGGUGUUCUUCGUCAUGGGCACCUUCUUCGUCAUCACCGGGAUCCUGGGCAUCAAGGGCGGUGCGCGUCUGCCGGCGGACACGCCGCCCUCAUCCCGCCGGGCCCUCCUGAUUGCCUGUGCCGUUAUGAGCAUCCUGGGGGCCAUUGGCUCGGUGGUGUUGAUCAUUCUGUCGGUUGUGGAUCUGGGAUUGUGUGUGCAGUUCGGUCUGCAUAUCCUCAUGUUUCAGGCCAACGUCGGACAGGCGGUCGUUGCGGUGAUCAAUCUGUGCAAGAUGCCCAAGCGGGCCAAGACCCUGAAGGUGGCGCAGAUUGUCUUCCCGUCCCCCGGGACUUACCCCGGAGCGCAGGCACUCAUCUGCGAUCCCGACGGCCAACCCGUGUACUUCCUGCCGACGCAGUCCACUGGGCCGACAGCACCCCCGCAGCAGCAGCAGGGAACCGAUGUGGGACAGCCGCUGAUCAAGCAGAACAAUGUCUACCAGAAGGCUUAAAACGGCCUGUGUGAAUUUUCAGUUCUGGUUAUCAUUUGUCCCGGAAUUGUUUCCUUUUUUUGUUAUGAGUUGCUGUAGCUUAUUCAUAUGAAUACGAACUGCACUUGUAUAAUUGUUAUUUUGUUCCCUCUCUCCAGGGAUAAUUAACGCCAUGGUCAGGGAUCGUUGAAUCUCUGCAUUUUUCUUAUUUAGGUACUUCGUUUGACUGUUAGUUUGUUGAUAGGCUGGUUUAGUUGGCUACUGCCCGAGUGGCCGGUAACACAAAAUUAAUGACAAAAUCAGUACUGGUGGUGCA